AUUUUCGGGGUGCAGGCCGUAGCUCGCUGGAUAUAGCUAGAGGAUAUACUACACCAUUUACAUUGAUAAGCGACCAUAUGCCUCACCCUAACCCAUUUACUGUAUAUUAAAAAACAAAGUUUGACUAGGAUAGAAAUGCACAAUUACUUUUUCUUAUAUUUUUUUCUCAUUAUGUUUAGGUACUACCAGGUUAAAAAUGUUCUGCUUACAUUUUAAAUCACAAAUUUACAUUUAUUUUAUUGUGUAAAAUUGGACAUAAUAAGUGUAAGACAUUUGCAUUUCCAUUUUGAAGCCGUUAAUUUAAAAGCGCUAAUUAAAAAUUGCAAAACCUCCUCCAAAAUAUAAAAGUUUAUACCGUAUGUACAAUACAUUUACUGUAUAUAUUAAAAGUAUGGAAAAAUUAAAGAAGCACAGUUAGUGCUGUAUGAUACAUAUUUUUUACAUUUAAGCUUUUUUUUUUGAAUUAUUAUAGUUCUGAACAACCACAUUAACAUUUUCCACUCUUAAAUUUUACAUUAAUUAUAUUUUAUACGGCGAAUGACUGGUUAGAGUGUCUGCCUCACAGUUCUGAGGAGCGGGGUUCAAUCCCCGGCACUCCGGUUUUCUCCCACAUCCCAAAAACAUGCGUGGUAGGUUAAUUGGGGACUCUAAAUUGCCCGCAGGUGUGAAUGUGAGUGCGAAUGGUUGUUUGUUUGUAUGUGCCCUGCGAUUGGCUGGCGACCGGUUCAGGGCGUACCCUGAUCUGGUUGCCCGAUGAUAGCUGGGAUAGGCACCAGCACGCCCGCGACCCUAGUGAGGAGAAGCGGCUCAGAAAAUGGAUGGAUAUAUUUUAUACUAAUUUCAGUGGGUAAUAUCUUACGUCAUGUUGCAUGCAUUUCAAGGUCGGUACUUUCAAAAAAGACAAAAUUGCACCAUUACAAUGCUUUCACAAAUUCAAAGAAAAAGAUAAGCCGUUGACUGAACCCAUGCUGACAUUUUCCAUUUGCAGAGGUCAGAGAAUGACUCUUUCACUCGUCAUUUUCCCAUUUUGCUGCACUCAAAUGUCUUCUUCAACAAUCAUUAGAAGCUGGUGUUAAAAGCAUGAAUAGUUUUCCAUUUUAUAAAUGUCAGCAACGGUUUAUUCAUCGUUAAGAGUAACGGUUUAUUCAUCGUUAAGAGUAUCAGAUAAUUUUAGGUGUGUCCUUCAACUAGCUCAAUUUAUGCGUGACAUUUCGGGUUUGUUGUUUCCUUAAAGAAACAUGUUCUCCCUCACUUUUUCAGGACGGACGGUGACGCAACUGCUGAGCUUGGGCGCCAUGGAGGCUAACGGCAGCGGCACGCACAAAGACAUUUACGAGGUGGCCGUACACGACAACUCCAGCAACCGCAGCUCACAGUUCGCCGACGUGGCCCUGCUGCAGACGUUUAAGCCCCUCAUCAUCCCGUGCUACGCCCUGGUGGUGGCGGUGGGCGUCUUCGGCAACUACCUGCUCCUCUACGUCAUCUGCCGAACACGCAAGAUGCACAACGUCACCAACUUCUUCAUCGGCAACCUGGCCUUCUCCGACAUGCUCAUGUGCGUGACGUGCGUGCCCUUCACCCUCGCGUACGCCUUCAACCCCCAUGGUUGGGUCUUCGGCCGCUUCAUGUGCUACCUGGUUUUCCUCAUCCAGCCUGUCACCGUCUACGUUUCGGUCUUCACGCUCACUGCCAUCGCUGUGGACAGAUAUUACGCGACAGUGCACCCCCUGAAGAAGCGCACCUCCAUGGCUACCUGUGCGUGCGUCCUCACCGGGAUCUGGCUGCUGUCCUGCGGCCUGGUCGCCCCGGCAGUGAGCCACACCUACCACGUGGAGUUCAAGGAAGAAGGCUUCACCAUCUGUGAGGAGUUCUGGCUGGGCCAGGAGAAGGCGCGACGGGCCUACGCGUACAGCACCCUGCUGGUCACCUAUGUCCUGCCCCUGUCUGCCGUCUUCGUCUCCUACUUGUGCAUCACGGUCAAGCUGAAGAAAUGCGUGGUUCCCGGGCACAGGACCCAGGAGAAGGCCAGUGCCCAGCAAGCCCGCAAGAGGAAGAUCUUCCGGCUGGUAGCCCUUUUGGUGUCCGCCUUCGCCAUGUGCUGGCUCCCCAUUCAUGUUUUCAACAUGUUGCGAGACAUCGACAUCCAGCUCAUUAACAAGCGCUUCUUCCUACUCAUCCAGCUGCUCUGCCACCUGUGCGCCAUGAGCUCGUCCUGCUGCAACCCUUUCCUCUACGCCUGGCUGCACGACCGAUUCCGUGCCGAGCUGAGGAAGUUGCUCAAGUGCAACAGCCGCAUCGGAGUGCCCGCCAACCGCUGCACCGCCGGCGUGGUCUUGUAGGCUCAUGACGAGGAAGCGAUGCGAAGGAUGCUACUCAUUCUACUCUAGAAUCAUCCAUUUGCUACACCUAUCCUGUUCAGGGUCAAAGGAGCCUAUCCCAGGUGACUUUGGGAGAAAGGCGGACAACACCCUGGACUAGUCGUCAGUCAGUCACAGGGCACCUAAUGAGAAAGACAACUAUUCACACUCAAUUCACAACGUCCCUGAGAGGGAACUAAAACCAUGCUGCCUGCAUCGAACUCAGCUUAGUAUACCACUACAGCAUUCUUGAAUCAGUCAACUAUUGUACAAGUUUGGAGCUUAUCCGAUUCCCAGCUGACUUUGGGCGAAAGGUGGACUCCACUCUGGACUUGCCGUCAGUCAAUCACAGGACACAUAUGGAGACAGACAACCAUUCACACGUCGCCCUCAAUGAGAAUCGAACCCAGGAUGCCUGCACAGAAGUCAGGCCACUGAACCACUUCAGCACUCUUGAACCAGGCAACUCUAUGUCCACCACCAUCAAGCUCGUCAUGAGACAAUCAGGAAUCAGCGUACAGUAGGGCCUACUUGACCCUAAGGUCUGUCCAGGAUCCAAAAUGGUACAAUCAACCAGAUACUAUGUGAUGCUACGAUUUGUAUAACAUCCGUACAGCAACUCUUUGCAUCAGGCUGAAUAGUCUCGUGGAGUACGUAUUCGAUGGUGAGGGAUGAUGGAAAGGUGAUGAAGGGCAGCAGCAGCAACCCAUUAUUAGCCGCAGUCCCCACGUCACUUGUCCCCUCCAAUAUCUUGAAGAUUUGAUUUUCUUUUAUCAAUUGAGUUGUACAGGUUAUAGGUUAGUUAUAUUCAUGGUGGAAAAGCUUUAAAAGAUUUUUCCUAGUCUCAUUUUUUCACACCACAAAAACCUUACAUUUGAAAAGGGAUGUGUAGACUUUUUAUAUGCACUGAUUUCAUAUGUAAUACAGAGCAGUGAUUUUAAUUCAAAAUCAAUUUUCAUUUCCUUCCUCAUUCAAAAAGCCAAGAAGGCAUGACUGGCAUUUGCUAUGUUUUUGUUUU